AUGGUUAGUCGUAAAAUAAAAUUCUUAAUACCGAAAGAUCGUGCUGAAUUAGUACCAAUAUUUUUAACAUUAUUUCUUAUAUGUCUUUAUGCUACAUUUGAAUUAAGUGUUAUUCUACCGACAAUUUAUCAUAAUGUAUUUACUUAUAAAGAAAUUUUUCAUCUUCUAUUUGGUUGUUAUAUAAUUUUUAAUUUAAUUGGUAAUUUAUAUAUAUGUAUGAUUACUGAUACGUCUGUUGAUACAAUAAUUUGUCCAGUUCAAUUACCAUCAGCAACAAUAAUAGGAAAAACUCAACCGGAUCAUCUAUAUUAUUAUUGUAAUUGGCAUUAUUGUCAUCAAUGUGAAGUUAAUGUUCCACCACGAUCUCAACAUUGUUUUAUAUGUAGAAAAUGUAUUUUAAAACAUGAUCAUCAUUGUACUUUUCUUGGACGAUGUAUUGGUUAUAGAAAUAUUCGUUAUUAUAUGUGUUUUCUUGCUUGGGUUUGGAUUGGUUUAGUUUAUUGUAAUAUUCUUCAUAUGGAUUAUACCUAUGAACUUGUUGGAACACUUUCAUGGCGUGUUAUGAUAGCUUGUCUAUUUCCACUCGGUGCUUGGUUAUUUGGUCUUAUCAAUCAUUUUUCUCUAUUUCUUUCAACCAUUUGUUCAACAUCUAUUAUACUAAAUCUUUAUGUUUUGUUUUUAAUACUUCAACAAUUAUUUCUUAUUAUAAACAGUCAAACAUGGCAUGAAUAUAAAAAAAAUAUUCAUAUUUAUAAUCUUGGAAAAGACUUUCAAUCAAAAUUACAAGGUGUUUUUGGUAGAAAAUGGUAUUUAAUAUUAUUCUCUCCUCUUAUAAAAUCAUCACCAAUGGGUGAUGGUAUGGUCUUUGAUACAAAUAUGAUCGAAACACGUGAUAUACAACAUACUGAUACAAAACGCAUUUAA